GGCGAGACAUUAUUAUCAUAUAUAUUAAUAGCAACAGUGCUUAAACUAAUCAGUUUACUGCACUGCAGUGCUCAUUUAAUUCUUACCAAAACAUUCUUUAUCGAUUGGGAACGACCUCAUAUAACUUUUAAAACAAAUAAUAAAACACCUAUAACAUCUGAUAUCAAAGAGGAUGUGGAGAUUACUCAACCUGUUAUAUGGUAUGAUAUUAUUUAUUCAAGUUAUUCAAUUCCAAUGAUAUCGGAAGUUUAA